GUUAGAGGCUAUUACCUACUUUUCUGUUUUUCGGGUCUGUGUCUGUUUCCUUUUUUGGUUAGAAAAAUUUAUAUUUUGAUGAUUUGUGAUUGUGUUGUGUUGAGAAUGGUGAAUUUGAAUGAGGUUUGAAUUUUUGGACUAUAAACUAAAACUUGCUGCAAUCUAAUCCAACAGUUUUCAAUAAAUACUUUAUAUUACAUUCAUUGCUGAAAAUUCUAAAUAUGAUUCGGUUACAUAGACCUAGAAGAGAUAAUAUUGAACAACAAUGUUUGGGCUUACCUGUGCUUGUGAAUAAAUAAGUGACAUUACUCUGCUAUUUUUUACAUAAAGUUUUAAAUUUGGUAAGUUUUGGAUUACUGAAGACUUUGAUUUUAACUGUAAUAGAUUAAUUUUUGAAUCAUUGCUAACAUUGAAUGUGAACUUUGGCCUUAACUGGAUUGUUUUUCACAGAAAAACUGAAAUGGCUGUUUUUAAAAGUUUCGAUUUUGACAGCAGCAUUUCAGACCAAGAAUAUCUUAUUUCUUGCGCACGUAAUAGUAAAUCAAAUAUUGCUAUUUCAAAAGCCUGGCUUCUUACAGCAAAAACUAUUUUUCCCCAUGAAAUGGGAAUACAGUUUGAAGAUUACAAUUUGGAAAAGAGUUUGAAAAAUACUAAAGAUGCUUCAAAGUGCUUUAGCGAUAUGUUCCAUUCAUUUCCUGACGAACCAUCAAUUUGGGACGAGGUUACAAACAUUACGGUAUCACUGCAAGCUGAUCAGCCAACACCAGAACAAUCAUUUCUAAAAGAGAUGUUUAGCCAUUUGAGUCCAGACAUCCAACAACAGCUAUUAUUGGUUACUGCGAACAGAACAUCAAACACUGUGGAACAUUGUCAUUUGAUGUUACUUCUUCUACGAAGCUUUCCGUUAACAACUAUUCAAUAUGGUAAUGGUUUAUUGGAUACUUUAAUGAGAGCACAGCAAUUGAAUUAUGGAAAUAACCCUGUCAACCAAUUUAGAAAAAUUCUAGUUACUGAUCUGAUUCCGUUGUUGAUACCAGUGGAAUUGCCGCUACAAGUUAUCUACCGCCUCCUACUUACCACUGUUGAGUUUUAUAUAAACUACAUUUUCAAGGGUGUCACUGAAAUCGAAGGUCUCCCUGAGAGUGAAUGCAUAAUUGAAAAUCCAUGGAAGAGUUUGAUGGAAACAUUUGAAGGAAUUGUCAAGAAAUUAGGUUGGGAGCUGAGUUCUAUUUUUUCAAAUCCUUUGAAUAAAGAUGCUGCAUGCCAGAGAAUUACCCAGUUUGUCCAUGUUCACGCUAUUAGAUUAAUUGAAGAUGACCAAUUAGUUAUGCAAAUUUUCUAUUGCACUUUUCUUCUCUUUUUAAAUGCAUUGUAUGAGUAUAAUACAUUAUUGAAUGAAGGUGACAUGGUAAUGAUUGAACUACCAGUGGAUUUUUCAAAUAAUGCAUCAAUAAAUGAGCCUGUUCCGAAAAAGAGGUCUCGGACAAAAAUAGCUGCUGAAGAAGAUAUUGCUCUGACAGCAAGUCACAAAGUUACCAUUGUAAGAACAUUCACUGUUGCAUUUAGAUGUUUUGAAAUGUUUCAGAACUCUGAAGUAUUAAAGAAAGAGUUUUAUCAGUUGAUUCAAACUCUCAAAUUAGAAAACUGGGUGCAAAGAAUCUCCCAAGAUUUUUAUCUCUAUAAGGGCUUGUAUCAUGAAUGCAUCGAAAAACUCAUGAUUCCAGAUAGUGAAUUGAAACACGAUUUAAAAUCGAUUUGUGUUUACUUUUACAAGCAAGACUUUGGUGCCAUGUUGGAAAGCAUUGUUAGUGUUGUGGAACGUCUGUCUUCUCAUUCCAAAUACAACGCAUUACAUUCGCAGCCAAAAGAUUCACAGGUCUCUCCUUUGCACAAGCCACCACCCAAUGCAAAGAGACAUCUACAUUUCUUGCAUAUGAAGAAAAGACCUAUUCUCCAGUACAUGGCAAAAUUAUUGAUAGUUUCUCUUCGGAAGGUGCGGCCUCGACUACAAAGUAUCGAUUUAGAUCUUGCCCAAGGACACAUUCUUGUUCUUCUCCAACUGGACUGGCCACAAGAUGAACUACUUUUCAAUGAGAUUGUCGACGUCAUUAAAAUGAACAGAAGAUUCUCUUACAAUCUAUUCAUAAAAUACAUCAUUUGUACUACAUUUCUUGAAGAAUUUAUGUAUUUAUCAACUGAGCGCGGUGGAAGUGUAGCACUGGACAUCUUGAUUCCCACAUCUAAUCAGCUUCUCAACCAGAGACGAAUGUCAACACGUGGAGUCGACAAAGGGGCAAAGGAAGAUUUCAAAAUGGCCAUGAGGAGACAAACUGCUCGCAUAAAUGAGAACAUUGAAACUCUUUUAAUUCAGUUCAUCGUUAAUGAGAAGGACGCUAUCAGACAUUGUUUGAAUUCUCAGCGUACUGAUUUGUGAAUUUUUAAUUGCAUAUUAUUCUGUUAUGUUCAUGUGCCACAGUUGAGCUUAUUUAUGAAUUUUCAAUGUUACUGAAAUUACUGACUUAUUUUAAAGCUUAUUUUUUAUCCAAUAAUGAUGAAACAAUUAAUUCAUUUUCAUGUUUAUUUAUGGUACAAAUUUAUACAGCCCAGAUCUAGAAAAGUAUUAACUGUAAACCAAACUUGAUAUUAUUCAGUUCCAAAAAUAGUAAAUUAUCGUGCAUGUUGCUCUUAUAGAAAAUUUAUAUUAUUGGAUGAUCAUCGUUGCUAAUUUUUAAUUAAAGUUUUAAAGAUCUUAUAUUUUAAAUUAAUAUAUUAUAAGUUUAUAAUUCCAAACUCUUAUCAUUUUACAUGAAUGCUUCGACUGAAUUAUUUGAAUAAUAAAUUCAUUAGUUUGUAAAA